AUGUGCAAAAACCCAAAAUUCAACGAUCGCAACGAUGAGAACAGUGAUCCUGGACGAUUAUCUUGUUGUAAGUUUAACACCUUGUCUAACCUACCGUGACGUACCAUAUCCUACCGUACCCUACCCUAAUUCCACAAAUUUCAGUCACAGCCCACUCCCUUCCGAGUACGUCAUCCCUCCACCACAGUCCAGGCCAAUCACCCGACUUUCAAACCGGCUCAUUGCCAAAUCAAAGCCGCCAAAACUCGUUGUCGCCGCAUCAAAAUGAGCCCAGUACCAGCUAUUUGCCUAUUGAUCAACUCUUACGACAAAACAUGGCAUAUCAAACAGAACUAGACAACUUUAAACUUGGCAACUUUACAGGAAAUUUUAAGCCUGAAAAUGCUACUGGACACGACAUGGAGAAUAUUUUCAACAAUACUAGUGGCAUACCAUUUGCUGCUCUUUUAAGCGGAAUGCUAGGACCUGGCUUGCAAAAUGUCAUGCCUCAGCUAUCAGCACCUACUACACCUCAGCAGCUAUUGCCUACGCUGCAGCCAGUUUUCGCUGUCCAGCAAACGUUACCAUUACAAGCGACCGACCGACCAACGUUACCAUUACAACAGACGGUCACGCCUACGUUACCAGUACAUGCCACGGUCACACCUACGUUACCAGUACAAGCGACAAUCAAUCCUACUGGACCUGUAAACCCUAUGUUUGCUCAAAAUGCAAUCACUCUUCCACAAAGGCAAGGGUUACAACAACAACACAUUCCAAAGCUUCCAAAUUAUCUACAGACAAUGAUGUUAAACCAACAGUUUUUGCAACAAAACCUGAGGUUUGGGCAGGUGAGUGAAGGAAAAAGUGAAGUAAAUGAAGUGACAAGGGCUGGCAAUAAAGGAAGUCAAGAGUUAGAAGAAGAACCAACUACUUUAACUCCAGCAGUACCCCUAGACCCUAAUGUGUAUGCUAACAUUAUUAAAAACAGUGUGGAGACGUGGAAUGCACAAGGUCAACAAUAUGUCAGCAGCUCAUCUGAAACUCUUCCAAAUGACCUCAAAGACUCUUCAGAUGUUCUUUUAAGAGAUUUGUCACCUGAAGAUUCCAAAUUACCCAAAGUUCAAGAAGAGCUACCAGGGCUUCUUGAAGAGCCCGUAGAUGUCAAUGCUUCUGAAGAACAAUGUGCGUCUAUACAAAGUCAGCAAAAGCAGCUCACCGUGAAUGGCAUACCGUUCGACGGCUCGCCAUUGGCUAUGCUGUUGAAUAUAAAACAGUUGGAAGAAAUCUCAAGGAAAGACAAAAAUAACAACUGUGAAGAGGACAUGAGGUUUACAAAUGGUAAUGGUAGUGCCGAAGAUGAUGGUACGGCCAGAAUGUUCGAUCUUCCCUUAUACAGGCCAGUACCAAAGCCACUAAAGGAUGUUCCGACUUCAGACACUGCUUUAAAAACCACGACUAAAAGCAACAGCCAUGAUGAAGCUAAAGGUCUUAGUACUUUUUGUUCAGAGAGUUUUUCAACAUCGCGACUUCCCAUUCUUUUGUCAGAAUUACCUACAACUACAGUAAUUGCAUCAGAAGAGCCAAAAGCAAUUGCAUUAUCAUUAGAAGAACUUAAAACUACAGUACCUUUAGCAGAACAAACUAAAUCUACAGUACCAUCAUCAGAACAAACUACAACUACAGUACUUCCUACACUUUGUCCCACGGACCCUUUUACAGUAAUCCCAACCCUAUCAUCUGAAGAAACUGUAGUAUCAACCAACGACAUGAUUUAUUGUAAUCCGCCAAUUUUAAAACCUGAAGUUAUGAAUAACGAAAGCCUACUCAACAUCCUGCUGAGAGCUAACAAUAACCAGUCAGACGGACUAAAGAAUGCGAUGAGUAAUAUCAGUCUGGACAAGCGGAUGCCGUACACAUUGGUCUCACAGCCCUCGCUUUAG